ACGAUGAGCGUCCCUGUGAGCAGAGGAGUCAGUAUAAAGGAGGAGCUCAAUGACGACGUCACCGAGGAGGCAUGUUUGGAGGUGAAGGAGGAACCGUUUGAUUACGAACUUGAGGAGGGAGGCGAGGCGAGCGACGUGAAAGUAAAGCGCGAAUGCCUCUCCUCUCUUAGCGACCCGACGUCUCUCCACGACCCCAGAGAUGGAGUAGACGCAAAGGCCUCGCGUAAAUCGGUCCAGGAUCGCAAUGAUGUGUCGUUUGAUGUGGCGCCCUUUGUGGCCGAGGACCGCGGGAACGGCCGUGCAUCAGAUGGGGAUUGGGCGACGCGCAAGGAAGGUCUCAAAAGGGAAGCCGGAUCCGGUUGCUUCGUGUGCGAGGCGUGCGGCAAGAAAUUCUCCCACAAGAGCGAUCUGAACAUUCACAUGAGAGUCCACACAAGGGAGAAGCCCUACCGCUGCGAGGUUUGCGACAAGGCCUUCUGCGUGAAGAGUCAGUUAGUCAGGCACACGAGGGUCCAUACCAAGGAGAAGCCACACGGCUGCGAGAUCUGCAGUAAAGCCUUCUUGUCGAAAAGCGAUCUAGCGAGGCACACGAGGGUCCAUACCAAGGAGAAGCCGCACAGCUGCGAGGUCUGCAACAAAGCCUUCUCAGAGAAAGGCCACCUCGUCAGCCACAUGAGAGCGCAUACAAAGGAGAGGCCCUACACCUGUGAGAUGUGCGCCAAGUCAUUCUCGUACAAAAGUGGCCUGGUGAAGCACACGAGAGUACAUACGAGGGAGAAGCCUUACAACUGCGAGCUUUGCAACAAGGACUUCUCGCAUAAAACUUGUUUGGUGAGCCACAUGAGAAUACAUACAAGUGAGAAGUCUUUCAGCUGUGAGGUUUGCAACAAGGCCUUCUUGCGGAAAGAUAACCUCAUCAGCCAUAAGAGGGUCCAUACGAGGGAGAAGCCAUACAGCUGUGAAAUUUGCAACAAGGCCUUCUCGGAGAAAAACACUCUAGUGCGUCACACGAGAGUCCAUACAAAGGAGAAACCAUACAGCUGCGAGAUUUGCCAGAAGGCCUUUUCACAUAGGAAUAGCCUAGUGAGCCACACGAGAAUACAUACCAAGGAGAAGCCAUGCAGAUGUGAGAUUUGCAGCAAGGCCUUCGCACACAGGAAGAGUCUCCUGAGCCACAUGAGAGUCCAUACAAAGGAAAGGCCCUACAGCUGCGAGGUUUGCGACAAAGACUUCUCGCAUAAAACGAGCCUAGUGAGCCACAUGAGAGUACAUACAAUGGAGAAACCUUACAGCUGUGAGAUUUGUAACAAGGACUACUCGUACAGAACUAGUCUAGUCAGCCACAUGAGAGUCCAUACAAAGGAAAAGCCGUUCAGCUGUGGGACAUGCAAUAAGGCCUUUUCCGAGAAAAGUACUCUAGUGAGUCACGUGAGAGUGCAUACAAGAGAGAAACCAUACAGCUGUGAGACAUGCAGUAAGGCCUUUUCACAUAGGAAUAGUCUAGUGAGCCACUUGAGAAUACAUACAAAGGAAAAGCUGUGAGAUUUUGCAACAAAGACUUUUCAUCAAAAUUUUUUUUGAUCUGGUUGAUCUGGCGAGAUUGAAUGCAGAAGAAAAAAAAUUACCAAUAGAUUUAUUCUCACAUAGAAUUAGCCGUGCAGUUGUUGGAUCAGUGUCAGUGUCAUAUGUCAAACGCUUCCCUCAACGUGGAAUACACUUCCUUUUAACAUUAUUGGGAAGAAUUGUCCUAAUGCUAGGAGAAUCUCUUUUUUUGUCUGAUUUAUGUUGUACAUAACAUUCUUAGUGUAUAGUUUUUUUCGGGCAUAAUAAACUUUUAUUCGUUAU